AUGUAUCCUAGUCGCCAGAAGUCCAAGAACAUGUACAGCACUGCGCCGGAUAACCCUAGCUACUCAGAGUCAUCACGGCCUCAACAAAUGGAAAACCUGACCGAUAUCCACACCAGCGCUCCAUCCAACUCUCACUUGUCCGCUUUCCAGCAGAUGGACUUUAUAGAUGCACAAUCAGACCCUCGAUCCUUCCUAAACCCGGGAUAUUAUUCCACUGGAAGAAGGGGAUCAAUAGAUACCGAUACAAUCGGCUCUCAAUACGCCUGGUCUACCGCGUCCAACACAGACAUCCUCUCAAACUCACCCCAUAUGUCCUCCUUCGAUACCUCCAUCGGUCCCACCUCAACACCCUUCAUCCAAGGCUGUUACGCCCCCGAAUCUGCACAGCUCGCUAUAAGCGACACAGGCAUGGGCUAUACUCCUCAGCAAAUAGACAAAUGGUGCAUUGAGAGCGAACCAUCCGGAGUCAUCUACCAGCCACAGCCCUUCCCAAAUAUGGGCUCUAUAAAUCUCCCGCCAUCCUUGGAAACACAACCAGAACCCUACCCCCUCAACAACCAACUUCUAACCGCGAGCGAGUGGCUCUCUUACCAACUCCAUUCCUCUGAUCCAAUCCCAGAAUCCUUCCUCUCUAUCCCCCGAUCCAUCUCAGCUCCUCGAUCAGUCCCAGCUCCACCAACCCACACCUAUCAGUCCACUACUACAACCACUUCAGUCUCCUCAUCACCAGCACACUCCUUCUACGAGCCAGAUUCCCCACCAACCGCGCCAGGCUCGGCUUCCGGCUCAGGCUACAACUCCAACACCGGGGACCUAAGCAACUACGGCAUCAAGACAGACGACGGUUCUUGGCGCUGCGCCUACAAAGGCUGUUCCUCGAAGAGUGUCUUCCACCGAGGCUGUGAUCUAAGGAAGCACUUCAACCGCCACCGCAAGCACCUGUUCUGUCGCUACGAGGGAUGUCCUCAGUCUACGAAGAAUGGCUUUAGCAGCAAGAAGGACCGUGCUCGUCACGAGGCGAAGCAUAAUCCUGACGUUUUCUGUGAGUGGGAGGGCUGUGGGAAGGUGUUCAGUCGUGUCGACAAUAUGAAAGACCAUGUGAGGAGGAUUCACCGGAAGGGGGAGACUGGAAGGGCUUAA